UCCAGCAGAACAAAGACUGGAAUCAACUCUCUGGCGUGAAGAUCAACGGCUCUUAGAAUGCAAGACUGAUGGCUUAUCAAGAGCUUGUAAGAGACUGGAACCAAGGUGUCCUAGCCCUUGAGAAAGGCAAUCUUGCCACUGCCUUGGACAUCUUUCAGGGCAUCAAGAAUCCUCCUUCCAAGAUAGACUUCAACGUUGGCUGUCUGCAUCUCCUGCAAGGAAACCUGGAUCAAGCCCUGGAGGCUUUUGAUCAAUCACUUUCCAAAGACAAUUGCUUAGCUGUGGGCUUCUUCCAAAGGGGUUAUGUUCACCUGCAGCUGGGCAGGUAUGAGGAAGCUUUGAAAGAUGGGAAGCUGGCUCUGCGCUGUCUUCGGAAUAAUUCCUGCAUCAAUUACAAACCGCUUGGUUUGGCCUUUGUGCUCCGUGCCUCGGAGGUUUUGCACAACACGGCAGCCACCCACUGCCGGCUUGGAAGAUGGCCUGAAGCGCGAGAAACUCUGGAAGAAGCAGCCACGCAGAUGCCCGAGAGAGAAACCGUGGCUGCUUUAAAGCAAGUGGAGGAUCGUCUCUUGCUGGACCCCAAGAGCGUCCCACCAGGGAAAAUAUUUAGGCCGCCUUUGCAGGCUAAAGAAUUGAAAGAGAAGGACUACCUCGGCCAAUCCAAGAAGAUCUUCCAAGGAAACGCAGAACCUCCACCGGAAAUGACACCACCCAGUCUUCUUCAUGAGAACCAAAAGAUCUGGAGACCAGGGUGAAGAAGAACGAGCGGAUCGAGCCGUCCUUUACCGCAUGGUGGGAAAAUGUUCUUACACCUCUGACGCCCCGGAAGACCUGAAUUUUAAAGAUGGGGACGUUCUGGAGGUCCUGUCCGAAGUGAACGCGGAAUGGCUGGAAGGCCGAUGCAGCGGAAGGACGGGGAUUUUCCCCAAACUCUUUGCGGAGUUUGAGUACCCUGGAGCCACCCGACUUUAGAGGAAUAAAAAAAGGUCUCAU